AGCCCGAGCGGAGAGGUGCUCGUUCGCUGCCCGCUCGCCAGGCAGCUCGGCUCCUCGGCGCUCUCAGCUCGCGCUCGCCUCGCCGUGCCAGAUGAGCCGCAGCCGUACGGGAGAUUGGUGUUUGACAAGUAGCCUAAUGUUGCCAUGCUCGACGUCGCGAACGGUAUCGGUCCUGGUUGUCUGACAAGUGUGUGAUAGACGCUAAUGAAUAUGUACGCGAAGGGGAAGGGCUCUACAGUGCCCUCGGAUGCCCAAGCACGCGAAAAGUUAGCGUUAUACGUCUACGAGUACUUAUUACACGUAGGAGCUCAAAAGGCUGCACAGACCUUCUUAUCAGAGUGUCUUUUGGGAUUUGUACUGCGCGGCACCUGAGAGGAGAGAUACGUGCGAACACUCUAGUGAAGCAAAGGCGUUCCACGAUUAUGGUUUUGUUAAUUCUGGUUAUGGAGUAAAUGGCAUCGCACAUAAUGCUGGUCCAGCUCCAAGUCCACUCGGUCAAAUGCCACCUAACGACGGGAUGCCAGGAGGACCUAUGCCUCCAGGGUUCUUUCCGAACUCGGCAAUGAGGCCGUCUCCCCCCACACAUCCGUCUUCUCAGCCCUCACCUCAACACCCUCAGCCCCCUCCACCUCACAGCCAGAUGAUGUCAAGUCAGCCUUUUAUGGGCCCUCGGUAUCCAGGCCCCAGAGGACCAGGUGGAGUUCGAAUGCCUAAUAUGGGUAGCGAUUUUAAUGGGCAGCCUCCUGGUCAACCAAUGAUGCCUAACAGUAUGGACCCUACACGGCAAGGUGAGGGCGGAGAAUAUGUAGGUUGGCAAGGACCCCCUGGAAUGAACCCUAUGAACCCCCGUAUGAACCCUCCUAGGGGACCAGCCAUGGGUCCCAUGGGUCCCGGCUCGUACGGUCCUGGUAUGAGAGGACCCCCUCCAAACAGUAGCCUAGGACCUGGUGGCCCGGGUGGGCCGGGUGGGCCUGGCGGCCCAGGUGGACCAGGUAUGCCACCAGGAAUGGCCAUGGGAGGAGCCGGAAGACCUCAAUGGCAGCCUAAUACGUCUACACCUAUGAGCUACUCAUCAUCAUCUCCUGGAAACUAUGGGGGCCCUCCUGGUUCAUCAGGGCCUCCUGGUCCAGGAACACCUAUCAUGCCUAGCCCACAGGGUUCUGUGGGACCUUAUUCCCCUGCUAGUCAUCGAAUGCCCACCCCCAGUCCCGUCGCAAGACAAGACUCAUCAAAUUCAGGAGGAGAAAAUAUGUACACAAUGAUGAAACCUGUUCCUGGUGGAAAUAUGCCUGGAGACUUCCCUAUGGGUGGAGGUUCUGAAGGUGGGCCCAUGGGGCCCAUGGGACCCGUGAUGAACGGUGACGGGCUGGAUGGUAUGAAGAACUCGCCAGCCAACGGCGGGCCGGGCACUCCGAGGGAAGACAGCGGCAGUGGAAUGGGUGACUACAAUCUUGGGGGCUUCGGAGGCCCGGGCGAAAAUGAUCAAAAUGAAUCAGCAGCCAUUCUGAAAAUUAAGGAAAGUAUGCAGGAAGAAGCCAAGAGGUUUGAGAAAGACUCGGACUAUCCAGACCAUUUCAUGCAAUAACACCCAGUUCCACUUCUAUGAGGAUUGAUCAGGCAGCGGCCGAUGCCUCAUCCCUUUACCUCUGCCUCGCUCCUCCAUUACCACCCGCCUGUGAAAAUCAGAUUGCAGUGUCUUAUGUCUCCAAUUCCUUUCAAAAUCAACUUCAAAGGGUGGUUGCCAAAAUGUGUGGAUUCUAUUGUUUCCUUCUUCCUUAGUGACUAGUCACCAAAAUCAUUUUAUCCAUGUUACGAGUGGGAGCAGCCUGAGGAAUAAUUAUCAGUUCGAUACUUAAACCCUGUUUCUAUUUUAAAAUCGAUCAUUCCAUUUUAGGAGUGGUUCAAUCUUAUCUCUCUAUAGCUGCAGUUUUUGUGCAUAUAUUGUAUUUAUGUUCCUAUAUUCAUCAGACUUGCAAUCUGAUUCUUAAUUGUAUUUUUGGAAGUGUGAUAGAGAUGAGGAAAUAGAAUGUAAACAGAGAAUGUGCCUGAAUGUGUGCGCGCAAGUUUUUGCACGUGUCUGUGAGUCGCCAGUUGUUGUUUUUUUUUUCUUUUUUUUUUCUUGUAAAUGAAAGCAGCCAUUGUGAUUUUCUGGCUUGUGAGAAUGUGUGAGUGAAUGAGUUAAUUUAUCAAUAUUUGAGCUCCUCCAUCUCCCUGGUUUGCUACAUCACAAAUUAUGCCCACCAAGAAUCACCUUAUUUGUCAGUUUUUUCUCACUACAGAUAUUUAAAUUUUAUAACCAGAAUUUUGUGUUGUUAUUUAUAAAUUAUUAUCAUUUACUUUACUCUUAAAUUGUUUUUAUGUUUCAGUUUUUAAAAGAUUGUACUAGAAACGAGUCAGUUUAUUGAUAUUUACUGCAUGACUUGCUCUGUGGAAAGCUGUAGUUAAUUUAUGUUAUGUUAUUUUAUAAUUCGUAAAUAAUUAUUUUGCCUGUAGCAAUGAAAGCUACAUGUUCAUGUCACUGCCCUUUUUUUUCCACUUUCUCUCUUCCUGUGCAAGUGAACCUCUUGAGUACAAAUCUAUCAUUGGUGUAUCACCUUUUAUGUUGCCAAAGGUAAAGCUCAUAGGCUUAAACAGCAUCAGUUAUCUUAAGGCUGGUCCUAUUUUGAGCAUGAUCUCUCUGCAACAUAUCUAUAAUUUAAUGAUUGGGUAUUUGUGCUGGAAAUCGCAAAUGCUGUGCCUCUUUAAGGACCAAAUGAUUGUCCUCCCAAAUCUUAUUAUUGUAAUUACAUGUCUAUUACUAGCAAAGUAGAAUUUCGUUUGUAUAAAAGCAAUAUGGUUUAUAAAAUGUUGCUUUUCUUUCUUUAUUUUUGCCAUUGGCCCACACAAUUAGAAAUGUAAAGUUGGGCAGCUGAAAUCAUUUUUUAGAUUCACAGAGGUUCUCUUGUGUGUGAUGGACUGCUUUUAGAGAUUGAAUGGUGAAUGCUUGUGAGCGUGAAUGUGUGUGUGUGUGCGAGUGUGUGCGUAAGUGAGUGCAUGGAUACAUAUUUGUGUGGUGCAGCUGGAUGUAUGUGUAUGAGUGAGCUCUGCGAUAAUGCCUAGUAAUGAAAUUUGUCUACCAUCCAAUCAGAUUGGUCCCAAAUUAUUAUUUGGCCAAGUCUGGUUUGGAAAGGUGUACAUACCAUGUGGAAAGUCUGAGUUACCAUUUACACAAAAUUUGGUAUAUUAAGGCAAUAUGGGGUGCAUUCACUUUUGCGGAUACUGUUCUUAUUUAUGACAAUGUAUUUGGAUAACUAUUGGACAUCUCUUUUCAGUGAUGCUGCCAACACUACUACCAAAAAUACUUCACCUCUGUUUUUUUUUUCUCUCUAUUACAGCCAUUGCUAAGAUGCUGGCUAGUUUGUUGACACUCUUGCGUUAGAAGGCAGUGCAAUCAAUUGACCAAUCAAUGCCCAAGUCGUAGAACUAAAAUCCAUAAGUACCAGUUAGUUGUUGUUUGGCAUCACAGUAAGACAAUGUCUUUCUUCCUACUUUUCCAUGCACCUCUUCCACUGUAUAUACCUUAUGUUGACAGACCACAUUAAACACUAGAACAUCACAGUAAGCAUUCUAACUCAAUUGAAUGCAUAACUGAAAGUUUACUAUGAGAUGUAAAUAUUUUGAUAGUUCAAAAAUUACUUGUUCACUUGUUGAUUACCGAAACUAUUACCUACAUGUGUACAAAGCAAUAGUGAAGAUUGGAAUCAUUAUUUAAUUUAUAAAAGCGUUAUGAGCCCUACUUCCUAAAGGCUUGCAGACAGGCAGACUCUUGAUAAAUACUUAAGCUAUAAGCAGUUGAACAGCUCUUUCAGUACUGUUCGAGCUAUUGUUGUUCAUACUCAAAAUGCUUAGCAGAGCUAUUCCUUGCUAUUCCGGUGUCACAAAAGAAGAUGGUGUUUUUUUUUUGUCUGAAGUAUUUUGAUAUUGGAAAUCUGGUGGUUCUAAUGGAUUUUAUCUUUAAAAAUUUUGGGCCUUAGACCUGGUCACAUGUGAUAGCUAAUAAAUUUUUCAUGCACAUGCAUGUUUAAUGACACUUGUCAGGACUAAUUACUGACAUGUUACUCACAAACAUACUGAGAAUUUCUGUUAAAUGUGGCAUUCUUUGUUAUGAAUACACUUUCAAGAUAGAAGUCUUUUCAUGUAUGUGAGCUUUAGGUUUUGUUUAAUUUAAAAAAAUUAAUACAUGUAUUUUCGUCUUAGAGAUGAGAGAUGGCUUUCGAGAGAAUCUCCUAGCAGAUCUUGCAAUGAUUGGUCGAACUUACAUGGGAAUUCUUGCUGCAUAUGACACAAAACUCUAAUUCUAAAAUUAUGUCAUCUAUGACCCCAUCCACCAUAAGCAAAUUCCAGUUUACAGAAGACAUUAUGCUUAGAAGUCUUUCGCUCAUUGCUUUUAGAAUGCAAUAAGCAGUUGAGGCUUCUGUAGUUCAUGGACUAAUUUUUUCUUUUUUUUUAAAUGGUCAUUCCUUAUUUACAGUAUCCCCCUUUAUCUAUUUUAAUUUCUGAUGUCAAGAGCUUCAGGUGGUUGGUAGUAAUGUAGACAUCAUUCACUAAGUCAAUUUUUAUAUGGUAUAGGGGUUUCUUUCUGCGAGUAACUGUUCAGUAAGGAUUGGACAUUUUAUUUAUUCUUCAUACAAUGAAUGUGGUGAUGUACCAUUGGGAGAACAUUUUAUGGCUGCAACUGUAAAAUGCAUAUUUUGUUUGGUCGCCAAAGCUACUUUGAUUGAAUUUGCAUUUGAUGGUUGGAAACAAUAUGAUACACUUCAAAGUUUUUCCCAAUCGAAUGAAUGAAUGGGUUUAAUUUUGCCCAGUAUUAUAUUUCAAUAUUAAUACCCCUUUGUAAGGGAACUACCCGCUAAAGCAGCUCGAGUGGUCCAAUUCCUUCAUAAUUGAAUUUAAAUUUGCCAAAUGCUUUGGAAGAAAACAUUUUUUUCUUUUUGACAAGCCUCAGCACCUUUACAGUAUUAUUGAGAAAUAUCAGUGAUAUGACAUGUAUCAUUCAUCGCUUAGGAAUUGUAUCCUUAAAAAAUGUUCCUUUUCUGCAUCAACUAUGUAAACAGUACUUUUUCAAACCCUGAUAAAGGGAACAACUAUAAAAAUUCUUUAUUGAUUGAAAUUAUUUUUCAUUUCAAGUAAACACACUUAUUUGAAGGAGUACUAUCUAUGUAGUUUAUGAAGGCCAACCCUGCGGUUAUUUAAGCAAAACAAUGAUGUGGCCAAAGAAUAUGCUGUAGUUGUAUCAAUUUUCCUCUGUAAAAUGUUAUUCCAUAAACUUUUUUAUGAAGUUCAAGGAAUGAUGGCAAGGUUCCCAUUGGCUAUUUGUGUUAUUAAUUUUCUUUACCAAUCUAGUUCUGAAGACAUGAGUGGAUUAAGCUAUAUCUCUUUUUUAUUAUUUUGUUUUUGUUAAAUGGAUUUUGCAUAGAAAUUUGUGCCGCAAUUUGAGACGUUCCAUUGAAAUAAAUUAUUAAAACUAUUUCAGCAUCUCUUGCCAGAAAUGUUGGUGAAGUUGACUUAUAGAUAUGGUAGGAUACAAUGUAUAAAGUAGACUCAUGGAGAAUAUUCUAUUAUAAUGAUUAUUAUUGAUUAUUAUGAUCAUUAUUAUUAUUAUUAUCAUUGUGAUUAUGUGUGGCAUUUUUAAAUAAAUGAAAGAAUGGUGUA